UGCGAGCCGCCAACGCCACUUGUGCAUGAGUAUAUAGGUGUGAAUAGGCGCCUCCACGGAAGAGUGAGAGAAAAGUAAAAAACGGACAUGUUUUUUUUCCGUGCCGCGACGCCGCCGCAGCAGUUGCAGAAGCAGCAGCAGCAGCAGCCACAGCAGCUACAGCAGUGGUAGUAGCUGAGCGAGAUGCUAGCGGAUGAUAUGCGCCAAGGAAAAGCCUCGAACCGUCGUCGUCAUGGCAGCUGUUGGCUGGUGGUGCUUUCUGGUGCUUUUCUCGGGGCUGCAGCUACUGCAGCUGGCGCCGAGGCCGCCGCCGCUCGCCCACGGGAAAUUCUUGGCGGCCCAACGAACCGGCACUAAGGAGCUGCUGUACGAGGUGGAGGAGGAGGCGGACGAGGCGACGGGCGUUUUCGAGGAGACGUGCCCGGAAAAGUGCGCCUGCGAUCUGAGUCACGCGCCGUCUACCGUGAGCUGCAUCGACGUCAAAUUGAUAAGAUUUCCCGACAAUAUCAGCAAGGAGGUCGAGCAUCUCGAUCUCUCGAACAACCUCAUAACGGAACUGGACUUUAGUAUCAAUGAAUUUACCAAACUGCAACACUUGAUUCUGGUGAGGAAUCGCAUAUCCGCGCUGCCGAAAAAUUUGAGCGGACUCGUUCAUCUGCGAAAAUUGGACUUGACCGGCAACGAUAUAAUCGACAUAGCGGAUGGCCUGAGGAGCAUCAGCCAAUUGAGCCGAUUAAAGACCCUCUACCUCGGUGGAAAUCCUUUGAAAGAAUUGGACGGAUUGAAAAAUCCUACCUUGCAGUACCUCAACGUGGAAUCUUCUGGUAUCGAGAGAUUGAAAAAUACGUCACUGUCGGGACUGCCUGAACUCACGCAUCUGAUCUUGACGAAUAAUCCCCUGAAAGAAAUAAAAGAUCCGUUCAGUUUGAAGCUCAAAGGGCUGGAUCUUUCGAAAUGUCAAUUGGGAGUGCUGUCUUCGCGAGCUUUUCAGGGAUUCCCCGAACUCAUCGAUCUCAGAUUGGCGGAUAAUCGAGAUCUGGUCUACAGCAUGAGAUCGGAAACUGUUCGUCAUCCAAAGUUACAGAAGCUCGAUGUAUCACGCUGCAACUUGGAUCGCCCAGGCCUGUACGGUUUUCCAGCUUUGACUUAUGCUAGAUUGUCGGGAAAUGCAAUUUACAUGCUGCCGGAUCGAAUAUUCGCCAAAAAUCGCGAGCUCACUCAUCUGUUUCUUGAUGGAAAUCACUUGGAACGUUUAAACAAAAGCACGUUUGCCAAUCUAUCGAAACUUCAAGUUUUAGAUCUGUCGUCGAAUGGUUUAAAGAGCGUCCCGAACACGGCAUUUCGUGAAAAUAUCGAGCUCCAAUUCCUGAAUCUUUCUGACAAUUUCAUGACGGAAUUUCCCAAGUUAUUCACCUCGGCAAUGAGUUUGGACUUGUCGUCGAAUCGCAUCCAACGCAUAGAGCCUAAUUCUCUAUCAGCUGCUACGAGGUUGUUUCAUCUAAAUCUCAGUAAAAAUCUCAUCGAGGAAAUGCCAAGUGGGUUAGACUCAUCCAACUUGCGAAGCCUCAUUCUGAGAAGCAAUAGAAUAUCUUCUUUGGACAAUGUUUCAAUGAGCAAUUUACCUGAAUUAGAAAAAUUGGACCUUUCUGAUAACAUGCUGAGAAGGGACAUUAGCCCUGAAAUAUUUUUCGACAAUCCCAACCUGCGACAGAUCAAUCUCCAAGGAAAUCUGUGGCAUUGCGAUUGCGAUCAACUAUCUCCAAGUUGGAUUUACCUGAGCCGGUUAGGCACGAAAUCCGAAUCUUUGGUCUGUCAUACACCAGUAACCGUUUCCGGAGAUUCUUGGAAAAAGGCAUGUUCCUCGGAAUGGAACAAAGUCGUGGCCAUUGGUCACAAAACCAAUCGCAAAACUUGGGGACUCGUUUUGGUCAGUCUGCUGACCUUGAUCGUUUGCGCGGGUACUAUCGUGUCGAUUCGUCAUUCCGUACACAUGAAAAGGGUGAGAAGCCAACGAGCGGCGUCUGAAAGAGAAGUGCAAGAGCGACUGAGGCUAUUGCAGAUGCGGAGAAGCGCACAGGCUCGUGAGGAGCGGCGUGACCACGUGGAGCCUCGAAUACAUCCAAUGGAACUUAUUAAUCCUCCUAGCUACGAAGAGGCGGUGUCGAUGCCUCGUCUGGCCCGCUCUCUAGACGCAUUGAAUUCCGUGAAUGAGAACAUCAGGACCACCAAUGAAGCCAAUCAGAACUCCGUGGCACGAAUGACUGCCUCGUCUGAAAGUCUGAGACCCGGUAAGAAGCGACGAAUUCGUCGAGUGCGUAAAUUGAGAUCCCAAAGCGAGGACAAUCUCGCGCGUCGCGAGCAACGUCGCGAGGAGAGGCUACGAAGAGAAAGGAGUACCUCGAGGAUGAACCUUCGAAAUAAGGACGAAGAAGAGGAGAACGAAGAAAAUAGAAAUAAUAAUACGCAAGGGACUGAGAGUUCCCAGACUGCUGCCCCCAAAGUUAAAAAGGUACGGACUAAAACGGGAACAUCGACCGACGAUGAAGAUUCCGAUGCUCCAAAGAUAAAUGGAACGAAACGGAUAGGAAAAACUGUUAUAAGGAACUUAAAUAGGGAACCAAAAAGUGGAUACAGACCGUCGACCGAUGACAGCGAGAGUCACCGUUAAAAGAGAUUACGAUGUUUUAAAAUCUCAUCAACACAUUGCCAAAAUAUUAAUUUCUUUUGUAAUGAUAGUACUCAAUCAAUCACGAUUUGGUUAAUAAAUUGCCGCAUAAGCUAGUUUGUAAAUAAAUUAAACUACUAGAUAAUACUUAGAUAGAUUUUUAAAUUGAAGAGACUUUAUAAUGCAGUUCGUCGAAAUGAAUCGAAGCCAUUUUAAAUGAAUUUUUUUUUAAUGUAAAAAAGUA